AUGGGAACUCGAGGUCUUUAUUGUUUCUUGUAUAAAGGAAUAUAUUACAUAAUAUAUAAUAAUUCAGAUUCAUAUCCUGAUGGGUUAGGAGAAACUCUUCUUAGACAACUUCUAGGACUUAGUUUGCAAGAAUUACGUGAAAGAUUGGUACAUAAUAUUAUUAUAUGUGAUGGAAAAUAUCCAGAAAUCACACAAGAAAUCGUAGAUAAUUUUCGAACAUUCAUAAUGCAAGACGAGUCUUAUUUUGAAUCUUGGUUACGUCGUUCUUCUAUGUACAUCAAAAAUAAUGAGACAGGAAAUCUUGAAGCCAUUAUUAGGCGUAGCUCUGGAACAUUUUACACCUGGAUAUGCAAGACAUAUGAUUCUUUAGAAGAAAAAUGGUCCUUCUUGCUAGGAAGAAUUUUUUGUGUAGAAGGACUUUGCCUAAAAAAGGUUUUAUCUUUAGGUUAUUUACUCCUUGAAGAAUUUCCAACUGAGAGAGCCCCAGAGAAUGAUCUUUGGAUUGAGUGGAUAUAUAUUAUAGAUUUAGAUGAAGAAAAAUUCUUGGUGCAAAGUAAUGAAGGUGAUGAAUGGGAAUUCAAACUUGAAGAAAUAUUGAUGGAUGUUGGUAAUUCAGAAAAGUCUUUGGCGAAGAAAUUGAUUUAA